CCGCCACUGACGUCUUUUAUUUGUGCGAUUAAGAAGUGUAUGGCUUUGCUAAACAUAUCCUCCCACUAAGCUUUUUGCUUCGUGUUUUAAUGUAUAUGCUGCGAAGCGAUCGUGUUCGCGAGUGUACGGUAAUAGAAAAAUGCUAAGGAUGAUAGUCGUGUGACUUGUAUUAUUCCCCUUAAACCAGUUUUCGCCAAUGAGCAGUUGUUUGAGGUAAAUAGUGUACACUUCGCUCUUCUUCGACAACCGAACUACAAUCCUUAAUCGCACUUGUAAAUCAUGGAUUAAGAUACAGCAGGUUAUUUUCGAUAAGCUCGAUUGAAACUACUUGUUCGCUACAUCGGUCUGUAGACCGGCGGUAACCGGCAUUAGGCCUAAUGUCAUGGGUUGCUUUGGAGGAUCUAGCUCCAAGGGCGAUGCUGAAGAGGAUAAACGCAGGAAAGAAGCAAACAAGAAAAUUGAAAGACAGAUUCAAAAAGACAAACAGAUAUACAGGGCAACUCAUAGACUCCUAUUAUUAGGUGCUGGUGAGUCUGGCAAAAGCACAAUAGUAAAACAAAUGAGGAUAUUGCACGUUAAUGGCUUUAGUGAAGAUGAGCGAAAACAGAAAAUAGAAGACAUAAAGAAAAAUAUAAGGGAUGCUAUACUGACAAUUACUGGAGCAAUGAGCACAUUAUCUCCUCCAGUGCCAUUGGAAAAUCCCGAAAACCAAUGGCGAGUUGACUACAUUCAGGAUGUGGCUAGUAAUCCUGAUUUUGAUUAUCCUCCUGAAUUUUAUGAGCACACAGAGAUUUUAUGGAAAGAUAAAGGUGUUCAAUCUACAUUUGAAAGGUCAAAUGAAUAUCAGUUGAUUGAUUGUGCAAAGUAUUUCUUAGAUAGGGUAAAUGUUAUAAAGAAACCUGACUAUACUCCAUCAGAGCAGGAUAUUCUCCGAUGCCGAGUGUUGACAUCAGGAAUAUUUGAAACUAAAUUCCAAGUGGAUAAAGUAAAUUUUCACAUGUUUGAUGUUGGUGGUCAAAGAGAUGAAAGGCGAAAGUGGAUUCAGUGUUUUAACGAUGUUACUGCUAUCAUAUUUGUAACUGCUUGCAGUAGUUAUAACAUGGUUUUGAGAGAAGAUCCAAAUCAGAACAGACUCAGGGAAUCACUGGAUUUGUUCAAAAGCAUUUGGAAUAACAGAUGGCUUCGUACAAUAUCAGUUAUUUUGUUCCUCAACAAGCAAGAUCUAUUAGCCGAAAAAAUAAAAGCAGGAAAAUCAAAGCUUGUAGAUUAUUUUCCCGAUUUUGCUCAUUAUCAGACUCCACCAGAUGCUGUUACUGACCAAGGUGAUGAACCUGAAGUAUUGAGGGCAAAGUAUUUUAUAAGAGAUGAAUUUCUGCGCAUUAGCACAGCCAGCGGUGAUGGCAAACACUAUUGCUACCCCCACUUCACUUGUGCCGUGGACACAGAGAACAUUCGACGGGUAUUCAAUGACUGCCGCGACAUCAUCCAACGGAUGCACCUUCACCAGUAUGAACUCUUGUGAUGGCACCCAACCAUCCCUAGAUUCUUGUUCUUUUUCUGUUCAGCCACUGCAUGCAGCGAGGGUGGGCCUUGUUACCAUGGAGCGAAACACUGCCUCAAUUCGAUGACAUCGGCCACAAUUUGCCAGUUUUGACACCACCCGCUCUGCUGCAUCAUUCCGAGUGCUAACGCCAUGGGGGUGUAUUUGCGACACCCCGACUGAAGGAAUUGUCGCGUGCCUGUCCUUCUCGUGAAAACCCUCCUUCCCCAAAAAGUCAAUAUUGCUUUUUUCUUUUACGUUUCUUGGUCGUGAAAAAACUCACUCAUCUUCCCCUUCACUACGUCCCCUUAAAAACUAGCACUGUGAUUGUGGUUUUUUGCUUUGUUUAGUUGAGUAUGAAAAGUCAUCAUCAAUGGCAACCAAAAGGUAUCUAUGUAUUACAAGGUAUUAUGUUGGGUAAUGCAACAUUUGUACAAAAACUAAGCAGCAAAAUAUCCUGUGUAAAAGAAUUAAAAGAAUGAAAAUACUAAAAAAGCACUUUUACCAUUUCUUUGUACAUCACGGUUGCUUCCAUUUCAUUACGAGAGACGACCUGCAUUUCGUGGACAUGCUGUAGACUAUAUUUAGGAGCAGUUUUAGAUAUUUCUGUUAAAUCUGAUUUUUGAAAAAAGUAUCUUUAAGUUUGCUAAAGUUUAAAUGUGUCAGUGUUGUUUUUCAGGAAUUGAUAAUGGAUAUUAUUAAUAUGGUUUAGACUUUUUAGAUAUCCCAAACUCACACAAAAUUUUGGAUUCUGAAACAAAGACACUUUCCUUUAUCGAGUUUGUUGUAUGAUGUAAUUUAAUUGCAUUUCUGACUUAGUCUUUUUAUUGCACUCUUCUCGUGAAUCGAAGGUGUUUAUCAAACCCUGUUUCUGUACAUGAAUAUUUAGUAUGUGUACUUCAAAAUGGUUGUUGUCCCAUAUAUAAAGGAGAAUCAGAACAGAAUCUAUGCAUAUGGCAUGUGCAUUUAUAAUGAAAUCAGAAAUAGUUGGAUGUCUUGUUUUACCUUAAAUAUUGCAUUUAUGGCAGCCUAUUUUUUUAAGUCAUUUUGACUUCCUAAAUAUUUAGUUUAUGUAUUUCAGAAAAGAAGAAAAAGUUUUUUUUUUUUUUUUUUGUGGUUAUGCAUUUGUUAGUUUAGUCUAGUCAACUUUUGAUUUUUAGAUUCAUUAGUUUUAUUAUUGUUACAGCAAUAACUGAUUUAUAUAAGUUGUAGUGUUGUUAGUGACUGUAAUCAUAUUUGGAUAUAUACAAUGUAUUUAUUUGACAGAAAUAAACUAUGCAGUUAAUAAAUAUAUCUUCACAGGAUAGGUAGUAAUCAGUAUAAUUUUGAAUGAUUAAACUUAUCAUGUUUAUUAAUAUUUAAUACUCUGUUUUACUAGUUCAUUCAAAACAAAGUUAUGUACUAAUAUUUUUGUUUAAAUACUGAAAAGAAUUUUGUCUUCCUGUUCUACUUAAAAGUUUGGUAUAUUGCAGCCACUAAAUUUUGAAUUUGAAAAGUUGAUGCAUAUUUGUACUGCAAUUUUUUACUUUGGUUUCUCUCCCCGACACACUCAAACACAUUGAUUUAAAAUUAUUGAGAAUUUUUUAACUUAUUAUUCCCACCUUCUUUUUAUAUCUUUUAUGGCACAUGAAAUAAUCUUCUUUGUAUUAUAUCACUAAAUUUUUGUUACUGAUUAGUUAUUAGGUGAUCUGUAGUAUUGUAUUUAUUGAAUUGUGGUAAAUUUUUAUUUUCAUUGUAAAAUCUUUGUUUUAGUUUUAAAAUAUUUUUAUCUGUUUUAUAAUUUGCAUAUUCUAAAAUAUGUAAAAUUACAUAUAUGAUAUUUAUAAUGUGAAAAAUGUUUUUAUGUUUUAGAUUCGUUUAAAAUUUUUGUUGUUGUUUAGAGUAAAUAUAAUUUAAUGUUAUUCAAUUAAUAUUGGAAAGGAGGCUUUUAGCCAUGUUGCAUUAAUUUGUCCAUUGAUUUAACGUAAAAUAUACUUUUGGAUGUAUGCCUGUGUAUGGGAAACAUAUCUCCCCUGGCUAAUUUUGAAUUCAAAAGAAAAUACUUUGCAGCUAUACUAUGUAUAUUUUCACUGUGAAAUUAAUUUAAAUAAUCAGUUUUUAAUUUUUAAUAAGUUUGUAAAACAUUUUCAACCUUUGAACAUUUAUUAAUGAGUUUUUUUUUUUUUAUCUUGUGUUGAAUAAUGUAUUCUAAAUUUUGUAUGUCUUAAUGGAAUCUUGGAAAUUUUUUUUUACUUGUAACAUAAAUAGCUGUGCUUGCUCUUUGUUUGCAUUUAACUAAUGAACCUUUUCACCCCCUUUCCCAUUAUUGCGUAUAGUGGAAACAUGUUGUAUCUUUUUUAUGAAACUGGAAAAUGGAGUUGCACAAUGGAAUACCAAUUUUUAAAUUAUGAAAGACUUUUAAUAGCAAAUUUUGAAGUAUCUUGUAUAGUUCAGAUGUUGGAGCAUUUGCCAAAGAAGAAUUAUUUAGGUGAUCAUAUAUAUAUAAAUAUAAAUAUAUAUAUAUAUAUGUAUGUAUGUAUAAUAUAUAUAACCAAGUGGAUUUUGCUAGCAGUUAUCCAGAGGAAUUAUUGCCAUUGUUAGUGCAAUAUUUUUUUUUCUUUUUCAUAUUUAUGUAAUCUGAGUCAAAAAGUAUUUAAAAUAUAUUGUUCUUAAUUAUCUGUUGUGUAAACUCAUCAUCAAAUCCUCCAUGAUUAUUUUUUUUUUAUUUAUAUAAUAUGUAUUUUAAUGUGUCUCUGUUUUCUAAGUUUAAUCUUGAGUUGGGUGCUCAAUAUAACCAGUAUUGAUCUACUCAUCUAUGUGUAUAUAACCUGUUAAAAUGUUAAUACCUGGUAAAAGUUUACUAAACAUAGUAAGUAUUCUGAAGUUUUAAAAGUUUAAGCCAUGCCUUUGUAAAUCAUUUCUACUGAGAACUGAAAACCCAUUGUAGCAACGAAAAUGUACUUUUGGAAAUUUUAGUAGAAUCUAAAUAAAACAUGUCCUCUUACAAAGUUAAUUGAACAUUUUUUUCUAAUACAAAUUUUUGUUUAAAACUUGGAAUCAAAAAUAUCUUCCAUAACUGAUUAGAAAUCAAAAAUAUAGCAUGUAAUUGAGUUUUAAACUGCAGAAGAAUUACAAGUGCUUUAAAAGAUGCAUUCCCAUUGUGCUUAAACUGGUUUAUUUAUUUAAUAUAAUAAAUGUAAAUAGAUAUUUUUAAUUUGUUAUUGCAUGCAUACUAAAUAUCUAUAUGAUAUUAUUGUUACUUACCUAUUAUUUUUGGACAUGGAUGUUGCUGUGCUUGGAUUGUAUCAAAGUACUUUGGGUUGCCUGCUGCAUGUUUCUAGCAGUGCCACUGUUGUAUUUAAAGUGAAAAAUGAGAGCAGAAACAUGUUUUAGUUUGCAAGAAAAGCAAAUUGGUUAGUUAUUAGUUAUUUAGCAGAACUUGUUUUAUAGGUUCUUGUUUGAAAUUUGUAAAUUGAGUUUUUCAUACAGUAUCAUCUUUAAAUUCAUUAUUUUUCUUUCAUUAAAUCAGAACCUGGUAAAAUGAUACCAUGGUCUAUCAGUUAUUCAUUUGAGCAUAAUUUGUGAUACUCAAGUCAUGUAAAAAUAAAAUCUUUGUUUCUGCGCCCACUUUUAUAGUUUUUGCAAUUGAACUUUGUGUGCAAUUUUUGUUCUUCUUUCUUCUGCAUAAAUAUGUAUAUACACACAUGUGUUGUGUGUAUGUGUGUGUAUAUGUAUAUAUUAUACUGCUUUAGGCUGUUUCUUAUUUAAGUCAAGAUGACAGCAAUAUUUUUAACGUUUGUAAAAGAGUAUGCAAUUAAAAAGAAAUUGUGGUUCA